AUGACUCAACAGCGCCAAACAGGCGAAGCCGCGGAGGCAGCGGGAACCACCACCCUGGCGGGCGGGUUCACUGCGGACCGCGACUCUCAAGCAUCCGCCCCAAGCCUCGAUACUCAUGAAAAUGAAAGCGUUGGACCUCACAUCGACGUUGGGCUCGCACCAGAUUCUUUUGGUGCCCACAGCUUGGCGCUGAUACGCGCCGCGGGGUCUGGCAGUAUCGCAGCUGCCGUCUCCAGCACUGUCUACAUGCUACUCAAACGAAGGCCUCCACUCUACGGAUGGAGGUGGCAUGUCGCCGCUGCGAGCACUGGAACGGCGUUCGGCUGGUGGUAUACCCGAUGGAAACAACGGAUCCGCGCGGUUGCGGAGAACGGCCAUCAGCGGCACGGCAUUCAUGGGCGGUCGCCGAGUGUCGCACACCCCGUUUUGAAAAAGGCGAGUUGCAGCACGGUGGCUUCGAUUACGUUGGACCCGGGUGGAUCCCCGUAUCGAAGUCAUGCCCAGGAUGGACGCGGACUCGACGAGCCGCUGAAGCGUCUCGGCCUUGACGUCCUGCUGCUCGUCGGAAAAUUGGAAAGCUAG